AGCUGGAAACACUCUAGGGAGAGAGGGCGCGUCGGCAGCUCCCCGUGGGGUAAGUCUUAAUUGCUUGGGCAGUCUAAUAGAGACGAUGGCUUGGGCAGUGCUUCUCAUCCUCGCUUCGUUCCUCACUCUUCCUCUCCCCUUCCUCUCCAUCGCCUCUCGUCUCCUCAAUCACAACGGUAAGUUCAAGAGGCGAUUCAUGCUGUCGUUCUUCUCCGUACAUCUUCUGCUGUGCGCCGCCAUCUUCGCCCUCUCCGAUCUCGAUUCUUCAUCCUCUUCCAACUAUCACGGAUUGAUCUCCGAGCUCGACGAUUUGAAUCUCAAGGUCUCCAGAUUAGAGACCAUUCUAGAGGAGAAUACCUACAUCUUAGUUUCUAAAACCCUGGAUUUAGAUGAAUACAACAAGCAGAUUGAGGAGCUGGAACAUGAGAUCCAGUUUCUACAGAAUUCUCUAAAUAAAAUGAAGACAUCGGCAGGUAGCUCUUCAGAUUCUGAAACAGUGGUUGCAGCGCUGGAACAAGAGGUACGACUUCUAUGGGCUGAAUCAAGAAAGAAUAACUUCAAUUACCACAUGUUAGAGUCUAAAGCAAAUGAAGAGGAGAACAAAGUGAAAGAAGUAACUUCAGUAAUAGUGAAGCACCGGAUUGGGCAUGGCGGCUACAAUUCAGUUUCUGGAGGUAGCUUCAGUUUUACUCUUGUGGAGAUUGAAGAGAUGGAGAAUAUUAUUACAGAGCAAUGGAUUCAAAUCAGACAACUUGAGCAAUCACUUCAAAUGAUGAAGAUUAUGAAAUCAAAUGUUCAUAAGAAAAGUACAGCAAAGGCUCAGAAGGAAAGGCCUAUCCUUUUUAGUGUUUUGAAGUUUAUGAAAGGUGUUCGCUAUGGUUAUCUUUCAGAUGGUGGUGGACCUGACUUGGUUGAUGCUUUCUUUCCUGGAAAUUAUAUCUCAAAGUCUUUUAUAUCUCGAGCUAUUGAUCAUCUUAAAAGAAUGUGGUCAGCUAUUAAAAAAUGGCACCAUGAGCUUCAAGGUUCAGUAAAAUGGGCACUGGAGAUGAAUGAAUUCACUGCUCCUCUUGCCAACAAGGAGGUCAUCUUCUUUCUGGCCUCUGUUCUAGUUGUGAUGCCAAUAAUGAGCGCUUGGGGUCUGUUUUGUAACCUUUCAGAAAGCUGGACUGCUGACUGAAUAAUCUAAGUUCUACCCAAGAUUUGAAAGAGUCGCUGUAAAUUUAAAUUGUAUAUGCUCACAAAAUUCUCCUUAUGGACAUGUGUAGAUUCCUCAGAAGCAACCGAUCUUUUCCAAAAGGAUUAUUGUUCUUGUCCAAAAUUGAAGUAUUUAUGACACUUCUAUUCCUCCAGUGCUUUUGCUUCCGGGGUACUUAUCCGCAAAUAGAACAUUAGCUUGAGGGCGCAGCUACUCGAUCAUGGCAUGUUUACACAAAAGCUCACCACUCGCGAAUUCUAACUUCUGUUAGAUCCAUCUAUUUCGAUAUGUGGAUGAGUUACUCUGAUUCUCUGAAUGUAAUUGGUCCUUUGGUCCGGAUUUUGGUUCUUACUAUCUGUACUUGGUCAACACUAUAUAUCUUGAACUUAUCAUCUACUUUCAUUUGAGUGAAAGGCUUACUGAUCUCUAUUGCGAGGAAAAAUGAUUCCCUUAAUACAUGGCAAAAAUUUACAGAUGA